GGAAUUGGGAGUUGACGAAUACCAUUUGGUGGGCUAGUCGGUGUGUGGUGUCUUGUUGCGCAAGAGAGCCGUCAUUAUACUUCUAGAGAGGCCGCGCCACUUCUCGGUUCUCUCACCGUCUUGAAUUUAACUACUGCUAUAUCAUCCAUUCUCGCCGGAACCCUAGAGAUUCAAUUUCAGCGCGCGAACCAAGAAAAUAGGUCGAGGAUUAGGUACUAAUUCACCCUUUUCAUGUCCGCUUACACUCCUUCGAAUUCCAAAGAAUCAUCCGACAUGGCAGCUCCCCUUGUAGCUGGACUUUGUGUAGCUGUAACUGCUUUAGCUGGUAGAUAUGGAAUUCAAGCUUGGCAAGCAUUCAAAGCAAGACCUCCUACAGCUAGAAUGCGUAAGUUCUAUGAAGGCGGAUUUCAGCAAACUAUGACGAGGCGGGAAGCUGCAUUGAUUCUUGGUGUCAGGGAAAGUACAGCUCUGGAAAAAGUAAAAGAAGCACAUAGAAGAGUGAUGAUUGCUAACCACCCUGAUGCAGGUGGUAGCCAUUACAUGGCGUCAAAGAUUAAUGAAGCUAAAGAUAUGAUGCUUGGCAAGACCAAGAACAGUGGAUCUGCUUUUUAAUAUUUUUCUUCCCAUUCCUUGGGGGUUUCAAGAGAACCUGAGGUUAGAGGGUCAUCGCUAUGGAUUUUUGGUUACAGGAGUUGUAGUGGUUGCCGGUGUACUGGUAAUUCUAUUUGUAUCGAGCUUGCUGCUGUCUACAGUUCUUGUGUCGAUCCCAUUGAUUGUAAUGUAGAUCAGCUGAUUGAAUGUUAAAAUUAUUGUUCCAUCUGAUUAAGAGUCUUCGUCCAUAACUGCUUCAUUGAGAAGCACUGAGAGAUAAAUGACAGAACUAUAAAUACACAACAAUUUUUUUUUGUA